AUGAUGCUGAUAUCUUUCAUCCCCAGUUUUAUUCUAUCCCAUGUUUCUUACGGCCUCCCCGACAUAUCACUGCUCGGGAUCGUUGCAGCAACACUUCUGUCCAUGUCUUUGCUUUGGUGCGUAAUCGGGCCUAAGUCCCUCCCCACGGUCGAUGCCCGAACGGCUCCGGAUCGAUAUUCGCAGUUGAUCAAGAAUGCAAGAAAGAUACACCGCAUUUUCACUCUAAAAACCUACGCUGGGCCCAUCACUAUCCUUCCUCCAGAGUAUAUCGAUGAAGUGCGCAACGACAGACGCUUGAGUUUAGCUGCGUGGUUUGCUCAGGAAUUCUGUGUUCAUUACGCAGGCUUCGAGCUGUUUCGUCCUGUCACGGUGGGGGAUGACAUUCUCCAAGACUCCGUCAAACAGGGACUGUCGAACACUUGGAGCACUCUGACACCCCGAAUGGCUGGUGAUGCUGGCAUCCAGUUGGAACAGGCGUGGGGAACUAAAUCUGAAUGGCAGGACGUUCCACUCAACGCCUCCAUCGAUGGCAUUGUCCAGUACAUUCUUGCAUCCGUCCUAUUCGAUUCAGACCUUAACUCGCGGGAAGACUGGCUGAGCCGCGUCACGGCAUGCUCGGAGGCUGCAGCCAUUGCUUUAACGCAGCUGCGAAAAUGGCCCCCGCUGCUUCGGCCCUUGUUACACUGGCUAUUGCCUUCAUGCUGGCGACUCCGAAACCAAGUCCAUGAUGUCCGCCGGAUUAUUGACACAGUAAUAGCGGCGAGAAGGUCCCGAGACACCGAGAAGAAGUAUGAUGAUGCGAUCGAUUGGCUGGAGCGGAGCGCAAGGGGCAGGCCAUAUGAUGCCGCCAUGGGCCCGAUGGUCAUGUUCUUUGGGGGAACAGACACCCUCACUGACAUGUUGACCCAGGUUCUCUCCGACCUGUGUGGUCGACCGGAGCUUGUGGAAGAAUUGCGACAGGAAGUGAUGGACGUGACGCUGGGCCAGAAUGGGUGGCGCACGCAGGAUCUCCACCGCCUCCGACUGAUGGAUAGUGUGCUAAAGGAAUCACAACGAUUGAAGCCAUUUGAAAUUGUGCUGCUUCGACGGAUGGCCCGAGAGACCGUGCGUCUCUCAGAUGGGACUCGGAUUCCCAAGGGCUCGAGCAUAGGUUUCUCGGCCGACCUAAUGCGAGAUGCCUCUAACUAUGCCAAUCCGAAUCAAUUUCAUGCCCAUCGCUUUUUGCAACUGCGAGACACGCCAGGAUACACUCAUAAGAGCCUACUGGCUACGCCAAGUGUCUCGCAUAUAGGGUUCGGCUGUGGCCUUCAAUCCUGCCCCGGUCGCUUCUUUGCCGCAGGAUUGAUGAAGAUUCUUCUCACUCACAUUGUGAUGAAAUACGACAUACGAGCAUCGGUGGAUGAGGUCAAGCUAGUCACAGACGGCUUCAGGGUGAAGGUGGACCCGGAGGCUACGCUUUCGGUCCGCAGGCGACUGGGCGUUACUGUGCCAUAG